UUGACCUGUUAUGACUCAGAUGGCGGCUGUCCGCCCCUCUGCUGCUGCUGCAUCGCUGUGGAAAACCUGGAGCAGUAGAGAAAUCUGCGGCUUAAAAUCUGGUGUGGCUUAUAAAAAAUCAAAAUUAAUUUUCUUUUUGAAAUUAGAGCGUGCGUUUUAUAAUCAGGUGCGCUCUGUAGUCCGGGAUUUACGGUAAAUUAAAUUAACUAAAUUCAGAACAAAAUGCCACAAUAUUAUUGUGAUUAUACCAUGAUGAAGUCGGGAUGUUUGGUCAGAAUGUAAUUACUUUUUUUGGUCAACAUUCUGCCCAGAUUAAAUUAUUUUACGAACAUUUUGGAUCAGAUUAUAUCAACAUCAGAAGACAGAAAAAACUGGCGUUACAUUGUUCACCUGCUGGAAACAAAUAUUUACACAACAUGCAGUCCUGAGCCUCGGGUUACCUGACUCAGGUAUGAAGACUGAACUAAACCAGCCAGAGUAAAACUAGAAGGCGAAAUAUUACAGGAAAGUCUUUCCACCUGACAUGUUCAAGGAGAACUUCAGCUGCCUUUUUUGGCCUACGUCAUUAAUAUUGCUGUUGAUUGUUGAGGUAAAGUUUGUGUUUUAUAACUGUUCUGUUAAAAGGUUCGAUAUAAACAUAAAAGUAAAAAAAAUUCAAAUUUAGUUUCAUUGACUCCGAAUGAAAAACUCGGAAUAUGCAUUUCCCGCUUAGUUUGAUGCUCUUGAACGCACUGCCGAAAGGAACUCUGGGAAAGAGACAACAUGGCGCGAGGUUCAAAUUCUCCAAAUAAUUUUGAACUGAUGUCAGUUUGAGUUUUAUCCGCAGUCCGCUAUGAACGGUGGCCGAAGGCGGCUGGAGGUUCCGGCUGCGGAGGAGCCGCUGACGGCGGCCGGACCUCCAAGGAGGAACCGCCUGAGCCGCAGCCUCAGACAGAGCCAGACGGGAGCGGCGGUGGUCCUGGAAUCCACUCGGAACCGGAGAGAACCAGAGUUCAAGACUCCCAACAGAAUCUCUAGAACCAAACCCAGUUUGGUUCCGGUUCCGGGCCCGGACUCCCCGCACAACGACCCGGAUCUCCAGCAGGACAUCGUCUGGGACGCCGCGUCCCCGUCGCCCCGCCGAUCCGGAACAAGAGGAAAAAAGGCCGCCGCUGGAGGCGCCGUGAACAUCUCAGAGAUCGUCAGCAGAAUCGCUCCAAAGCACGGCCGGCCGCGGAUCACAGAACCGGCACUGCAGCAGUGGAUCGGAGACAGCGCCGCCAUUUCCUGCACCCCGGACCCUCAGGGCCCGCGGGCCAAGAGGCGCUCUCCCAGAGCAACCAGAGUGGAGAACCUGCUGCGACUCGCCAGGCAGCUGGACCAGAACCUGUUCCAGAACCAGAACCUGGAGGAGGUUCUGACCGAGGAAGAUCAGGGACCAGGUUCUUUUGGACUGGAACCACGGCCUGACCCAGACUUCCUGCAGGACGACCUGGACUUCCUGUUUGAUGGUCCGACCCAGAUGCCGAGCAGAACCCUGAGUCGAGGUCCAACUCAGAACCGACCCGGUUCAGCGUCCCUGUGUGGUUCUGGUCCAGCCGGCUCCAGGACGUGCAGUGGACCCGGUUCGGUUCAGAACCAGUUAGAGGACGACUGGGAGAACGACGACCUGCUUAACGACUCGCUGGUUCUGGAGAUGACCCAGAACCCAGACCACUUCCUGGUUCCGAAGCUCUGCUCCACCCAGAACACGGCUGGUUCUGGUCAGAAUUGGGUUGCUCCGUCAGUCGGAACCAGAACUGAGAAAGAGAACCUGGGUCCAGCCUGGAACCCUGACUGGAGUUCUGGUUCCGGGAAGUGGGUCCAAACGAGACCAGAACAGAACCGGUACUCCUCUGUCUCCAGAGCUCCAGAACCGGGUCAGAUGUGCAGCUUGGAACCAGAAUCCCAGUGGUUCUGGAGCAACCCAACGAGCCGGCCCAUUUCUGACAUCCAGCCCGGUUCUGUCGGGCUGGACGUCCUGGGCGAUCUGGACUCUCUGUUCCGGUCGGAACCGGUCUGGGACGGCCCGGCUGAUGACCUCCUGUGUGAGAUGUGUGAAGACCUGGAGAACCGGAUCCAGGUAAAAAUGGACCGGACCGCGUCCGAUCAGAGAGCGGCCCUGCAGCUGACCCACAGAACCUCUGAGAACCGGAUCCGACCGGACCCGGCCGGACCAGCUGGCUGCUCAUUGGCCACCGCUCCGGUGAAGCAGCCAAUCGGCUUCCAGCUGCCUCCGCCUGCUGUCAGUGCCGUGUUCAGGAACCGAACCGGGUCAGAACCGUCUGCGGCGCCGCGACAAAAAGACACCCAGCACUUCACCUUCAGGAAGCCCGCGGACCUGGUAACCAUGUCAACGGGGAAAGGGAAAUGCUCGGCCGCUGAAAUAGAGCUAAAGAAGCAGCAGGCGCUGGAGAGGCGGCGGCGGCGGCUGGCCGUGACCGGAACCGGCUGACCCAGAACCAGUUUAUAAUGCUGUGGGUUUAAAACGGUGAUGAUGCGUUCAGGAACCGCAGGACAAGCCGCAGCAGGACUUUGAACUCUUUUUCUGUCGGUUCUGUUUGUUUUGGUUCUGAAAUGGAAAUUAUGGAAAUUCCUUAAAAACGUUUUUCAAGUUUCAGAAACAUCAACAGUUUAUUUCAUCCUCAGCAUUUAUGUUUUAUCCCUAAAGCUGAUGAUUUCUGCCGGACUGAAAUCAAUCUACCUUCUGUGAUGUCAUCAUGAGCUGCUGAGGCUCACUGAGCAGCAGGUUUCUGGACGUCCUUCCUGUUGUACUGUCCCUUUAAGGCCUCAGUUACCGUCACUGAUUUGCACCUUAUUAAAAAGGACUUUACCUGA